AUGGCGAAAGGCUUCGAAAAGUUCGAAAGGUUAGAAGGAGCCAACCACCCCACUUGGCGGUUCAAGAUCACAGUAUACUUGAAGGCAAAGGGCUUUUGGGAUGUCAUCGAAGGUGAUCAACCGAACAGGGAAGAAGAGUUGGUAGCCUGGGCAAAGAAGGAUCGAGAGGCACUCAACGCAAUAGUGCAGAACUUAUCUACAAGCCAGGCAUGCUACGUCAUUAAUCAAGUUACGGCGAAAGGCGCAUGGUUGAAGCUCCAAGAAGCCAACCGAGGUCGUGUCCUGGAGCGAAAAAUGACACUGAAGCGGGACCUGAAUGGAAUCAAGUGGACGAAGGACGAGAAUGCAGUUCAGUAUAUGCAACGAGUUGAAGCUCUCGGCGAACAGCUUCGAGCCCUGGGUGAAGCCAACGAGGAUGCAGAGAUAGCAUCAAUAGCUAUCCGAGGACUACCGAGGGGCUACCAUGGCGUAGCGCAGGCCUUCGACGUGUGCGCUUUGGCAGAUCUCACAACGGAAAAAGUGAGGUAUGCAUUAGCACAAGAGGAGAACCGUCAGAACGGUUACGGGGCCGAAGCCGCUCACAAAGCAAGGGUCACACCUGGAAGAGGAAGUGGUGGAAAGAACAGUCUGUAA